CUGAAGGAAGCAUGCAUACGUAAUACGUAGAAGAGAGCACACCAACACAUACUAAGCGACCUACUUGUAUUUGCAACAGCAAAUGUUUACAUCAUACUAUGAGCUGAAUAAUGAACAAUGAUAAAAUAACCGCAAGAUGAUCAGGAAUCGUAUACGGAGUCUCCUUGUCAAAGAUUGCCAAUAUUGUUGCUCUUUGCCGAAAGUGACGUCAAAAUGCCCAAUGUGGCUCGUUAAGCGACCUGUUUCGAGUGUCAAUGUGAGAUUUAUCAGGAAUAUCGGUCGGAGAUGGCGACUCGUCGUUCCAACUGGAGUAGGCUUCUCACUGCUCGCAGUAACACAAUGGAAUUAUUUACACGAGUAUGGAUAUCGGAUUGAUGUAGAUGAUGGGCCAGAAUUGCUGAAUGACGUUGUGGUAACAUGCUAUUGUUGUUUGCCAUUGAGGACAACCAGCAGAAUAUGGGGCUGGCUGACGAGCAUCGAAUUGCCGAUUGGUCUCAGACCAAUACUGUAUGGAUUUUACGCCAAUAUCUUUCACGCCGAUCUAGACGAGAUAGAGCUGGAUCUAUCUGCAUUUCCAAACCUGGUAGAAUUUUUUGUGAGAAAGCUUAAGCAUAAUGCAAGACCAAUUGAUCAGAAUGCAAAUAUGAUUUCACCUGCAGAUGGUAAGGUGCUUUAUUUUGGACCGGUGACUUCUUGUCGCGUGGAACAAGUGAAAGGAGUAACAUAUGAUCUUAGACAAUUUCUGGGUGAUCAUUUAAACGAUUUUACAUUAAAUCAAAUCGCCAAAAACACACAGAAGGACGAUUAUGUUAAAUCACUUCUGAAGAAUCCAAACAAUAGAUUGUAUCAGCUGAUUGUUUACUUGGCACCUGGCGAUUAUCAUCGGUUCCAUAGUCCUACCGAUAUGAGCAUAAAAUUUCGACGGCAUUUUCCAGGAAAGCUAUUGAGCGUCAAUCCGAAGGUGCUCAAAUUCAUGCCAAACUUGUUCUCAUUGAACGAACGCGUUGUGUAUAUCGGGGAAUGGACAGGCGGCUUUAUGGCUUAUGCAGCGGUCGGAGCGACAAACGUGGGCUCCAUACGAGUCUAUUGCGACAAAGAAUUGGCGACUAAUACGAUACACUGGCCUGAAAGCGCGCACUGGAAGGAAGCGAGUUUAGAUAACGCGCGUAUUGCCAAAGGCGAUCUGUUUGGUGAAUUCAGACUCGGAUCCACGAUCGUGCUUCUGUUUGAGGCAUCGCGAGAUUUUCGAUUCUCCUUGCAAAUCGGUCAGACCAUUAAAGUCGGUCAGACAUUAAGUACAUUUUCUAGCGAAGAGUCUGAUAAAAAACAAAUUGAACGACAGCAUUUAAUUAUGAACGUCGCUCAAGAUUGGCGAGAUAUAUGGAAGCCUAGAGUAUAGUAAACAAGAUUAGGAUUACUAAUUUUAUUGGAGAAUUAAAGAAGAUGUAUCGACACCUUGCACGCUCAUAUUUGUUGUAAGCGUAAUAAAGAAACACUAGAGUCACGAGAGCUCUAAAGACUCAGUUUUCUCGAGUAAGUAUCGAUCCUGUGAUUACUUUUGUACCGUAGCUGUGUUCGUGCGCGAGAAAAUCAUCUCAUGCGAUUUAUCUGAAAUUACAUGUUAAUGUAAUUUCAUCUCCCAUUAAUUGUACUCAUUCGUUACUUUAAUUACGUAAUAUCAUGCAAAAAACGGUGCUUUAUAAUACUUUUUAGCACAGUCGAUUUAUUGUUAUGACCGAGUAGUACUGUGCAACACGUCUCUAGCUCCUGUGAAGCUUCACACGAUCACGAUUGAGAAAUCAACGGUGUCCCUUAAUGCGAGAAAACAUACUUUUCUUUCCUUGUGCGUCACCACCGAUAGAGGUCGGAUUGUAAACUGUUUUAGUUGCAUGCCAAAUCGAUCUUUGUUUGCAGUUAAGUCGACCGGUCAAGGCCGCUAGAUGAAACACUUUCCUCAAUUAAGGUUCUAACUCCCUUUUUUUAAAAAGAAAGUAACAGCUACGUCGUAUAUUGUCAAGUUUCCACGCGUUACAAUCGCAUCGGGUCUUGUUGACCCUAUUAUAUUUUUAUAGCAGAGUAUAUUUUUACCGAUUCUCUCUAUCGUUAAUAUUAAUGUUGCUUCUGAAAAAUUCGUAUUAUAAAUCGGAAUACCUGUUAUCAAGACUUGUCUAGCACGCGCACGCCAACAUGACUGCACUAGACCAGAUUAGUUGUAAUAUGAAUAUUUAAUCGCGC